AACCUCAAACUUGUACCAACAGCAUACCCAUACCCUGAUGACACGACCUCUUGGUGGCGGAGGAUUUCUGGUUUUGGCAGUUUCUGUUUUUCAUUGAAUUUCACGUUGGAAAGGAUGAUGAUUUACCCCUGCUUGAGAGAUGCCGUUUUUUCCACGCGGUUGCUUUGAUGGGCAUGGGUUUUCUUUUCUGGGUGGAGAUCUCAUUUUACAGUGUUUCUUUGACGGCGGCAAUUCUACAUAUGAGAGUCGAGUCUACCGGUGGAGACUGAACAUGGGGAAAAGGAGAUCUGAGACAAUCUUUGCUUCUCGCUCUCGUUCAUCACGCGUUUCGAGCAAGGGUGUUUUGAGGCAUGUCUCGGAAACGGCACUGCCCAAGGAGGAAGAUUCCAACACCAAGCUCUGGAAACUCUGGUGCUCAUUCUCUCGCUACAAUACUACCAAGCAACCAGCCAACCCCUGUCCCAACCUUGAAUGUCAUGCAGUGCCAAAAGCGUUGUUCUUGCCACCACUCCUUCAUCUCGGUGGAAACCACGCACGGCGAGCCCGUGGUAACCAAAUCAAAGGCCCACCGACCCAUCCUGACGGAUCGGGUGGAUCACCACUCCAACACUAAAACGUUAGCGUCAAAUGUGAAAACCGCCGGACCGGAUCAGUCCGCGGGUCACGAAUCUGCAAGGGCUUGUCCGAGCUGGGAAUAUCUUCAGGGGUUGAUGUCUUGGCUUUCCUCGAGAUUUUUCACGUCAUUUCCGUUGCAAAAGAAAUUUCAAAAAAAAAAAUCUUCGGUUGUCAGAAACGGAAACUGCAAAAUCCCCGGACAAGACGGCGAGGGACGAAAAGGAGGCGACAGCCCGAAACGGUGCCUCAAAAAGAAGCGAAAUGCUUCGGUGAUCCGAACAAGAAACACGAGUCCAAUCCAACCCAAUCCAACAACCCAAUUGCAAUCCCGUGUCUGUGUGUGUCCGUCCGUCCUGCCGCGGACCACUUCCAGUGUGACGGGACGGGCUGAGCACCCGCGCGUGAGUCACUUUUUCACGACGCGCCCCCCCAGCGCGUCCCGCUCGGUAGAUUGCAUGGGGCAAAAACCACCGAGCGUGCGCGCGAACUGUGCCCGUGUGCACGUGUGUGUGUGUGAAUCCCUUUGGUGCCUUGUGUGCCUGGGCGACUUCAGCCCGCGGGCCAAGCAAGCCGGAAACGGGAAAAAGUGCGGGGAAGCAGAGGGGGCGUUCCUUGGUUCUGGCCGGUGCAGCGUUCCUUUUCCGGUCAGUUGGUGGGAAAAAAAGCCAGGCGAGCCAGGGGAAGGGAAUGUGAGGCGGGCGGGAAAAAGGGGUGAUGUUUGCGUGCGGUUGCUUGAUUGGGCGUUUCUAGAGCAACAACCUUGCGAUUUCCUGCCGUGCAUGCAGCUUGCAGGACAGCUGUGGUGAAUCAUGAGAUGGCUGCGUCGGUGCACAAAGAUGGGCGAGGAGGGUUUUUGUUUGAAAGUGUUCGAGUCGUGUUCGAGGUCUCAAAAAGGGGUAUCUCUCGUCAAUAUUCCGCGCUCUACGAGCAAACUUUGGCUAUCUCGAUCUAUGCUGAGCAAAUAAACCGGCCGUGUUCAAUGGCACAACUACCCAUUGUCCCGCCGUAUUUCGAACCGCGACAUGAGACAAA